GUCACGACACGCCUUCUCGGACAGAACUAUUGGAGAAGCUACGUGCAAAACUGCAUAUAGUUACUUUACACCCAUUUAUGAUCCUCUUAUCGACUGGCAGCUCGUGGUCCGAGACAGUUGGUGACGCUCAGUGGACAAAAUGACUUCUAUAGCUUUGUGCACAAUAAACAGCUCAGCGAGAUCAAUAGCAAGACUGUGCCAAGUGUCCCGCUCUGCGCAUGGUACAGCUGAUUUCCACUCUCUCGUAGCCCGUUAUUCUACCCUCCGUAAAUGUGCCUUUCUUCCGGGAGGAAAAUUGUCACUCAUGAGAGCAGGAACGAGACAGAUGUCUCAAGCAUCGCCGGGGAGGAUCUCACUCGGUCGGUACGGUAAAGGUGUAUUUCUGGCUGCAGGGGCAGCAGCUGUCACCGGGGUCCUGACGGCAGGUGUAAGUCACUUUCAGCGGGCCGAGAUGGCAACGAAAAUAUCCAAAGUUGAAGAAGAAGAAGAGGGAAACAUACGGGAAAGAUGCAAGUCGUUCAUGUCUCCACCAGUCACUGACAUCAGGGUCUUAGAGCAGAGGAAAGACGCGAUGUCUACGAGAAUGGAGAUGCUCAUCAUGGAGACACAGGCUGCAUUCUGUAGAGCCCUUGAAGAGGUGGAUGGAGGCUCGUUCAGGGUGGACAGAUGGAGCAGGAAGGAAGGUGGCGGUGGCAUCAGCUGUGUGAUGCAAGAUGGGAAGGUUUUUGAGAAAGCGGGUGUGAACGUGUCCGUGGUGUUUGGGAACCUCACUGAAGAGGCUGCAAAGCAAAUGCGCAGCCGUGGAAAAGUUCUGAAAGGGAAAGAUGGGAAGCUGCCGUUCUGUGCCAUGGGCGUGAGUUCAGUCAUACACCCAAAAAACCCCCACAUUCCCACAGUGCACUUCAACUACAGAUACUUUGAGAUUGAGGAAGCAGACGGCACAAAGCAGUGGUGGUUUGGUGGAGGAACGGAUCUCACUCCUGUUUAUAUUGAUUUGGAAGAUGCCGCCCAUUUCCACAAGACUCUGAAAGAAGCGUGUGACAAGCACCAUCCUAAAUUUUACCCAGACUUCAAAAAGUGGUGUGACAAUUACUUCUACAUCCGUCACCGAGGAGAGACGAGAGGAAUUGGUGGGAUCUUUUUUGAUGAUCUGGAUUCCCCCAAUCAAGAGGAGGCCUUUAAUUUUGUGAAGAGCUGCGCUAAAACUGUGGUGCCUUGUUACGUGCCCAUCGUAAACAAACAUCUAAAUGACUCCUUUACUCCUGAGGAGAAGGACUGGCAGCAAAUCCGGAGAGGCAGAUAUGUGGAAUUUAAUUUAGUGUAUGACAGAGGGGUGAAAUUCGGCCUGGCCACACCUGGCUCUCGCAUCGAGAGCAUCCUGAUGUCCCUACCACUUACAGCUAGGUGGGAGUACAUGCAUGAGCCCACAAAAGGCACUAAAGAAGCUGAGAUGCUGGCGGUCUUACGGAACCCUAAAGAAUGGGUCUAAUUGAGAGGAAGACCGGUUUAACUGGUCCUCGAUAUUGGCAUUAUUGGAUGGGAAUUGUAAAAAAAGGUGGGUGUGGUUUUCUCUGGAUUAGUUCAGUGAUACCAAACACGUCAGCAACUUCAAGUACAAGAUUCACUGAAUUAGAAAAUCAGCUUCUCUGACAGGACACAUUCUCAUCGUUUGACUAAUUGUUUUUGGUGACUGCAGCACUGCACGAUUAAUGAACUCUCCAUCACUGCCGUUGGCUGUAUGGGUUCACUGGAGACGCAGUGUUUGUGUUACUUAGUUACAGCUUUGUUUCUGCUUGCACUGCUUUAAUCAUGACUACUGGUGUACUAACCCGUAAUGGCUUUGGUUGUGCUGUUUUUAAAUGGAUGGGUUAAUUGUCUAAAGGGUCAUGUUUACCAUGUUCUGAUGCAAGCAUCAUGCCAUUAUUGCUUUUCUUAUACUGUUCAUCUUUUUUUGUGCCUCACUUCAAAGUUGUUUCGUGUCCUGUUAUGUGCUAGCAUAUCUUUAUUCUUUAAUUUUUUUUUACAGAUAUUAAAAUACAAUUCAAAAGUAUUCAAGACAUUUUUAAGUUGAUAUUCUGUGUAUUGCAAAACAAAAUAAAGUUUUUAUAUGUGAUUUUAAAAAAUCUUGUCAAUAAAGUUAUACAUGUGUUCAAAAAUCA